AUGAAGACCUGCACCGCCUUUUCGCUCCUCCUCUCCACGGUCCUCGUGGCUGUGUCGAUCUCCGGCAACGCCGGCGUCGAGGCUCGCUCGUCCGUUCAGGGCCGAGGCCGCAGCUUCUCGAGGCGCUCCAAGAACGCCCUGGACUCUUCGGCCGACAAGACCGCCGAGCACGGCGUCGGCUGCUCUCUGAUGCCGACCAACGGCGUGUGGUACCGCGGCCAGGCGGGAAACUGGGAGGAGACUGCCUCGCCCUGCGGCGAGCAGUACGAUGCCCUCUCGUCGACCUCCGCUGCCGACGUUCCCGAGUGGGCCAAGGCUUACGCCAGCUUCAUGAAGGCCGCCGAUGGACGCAUGUUCCGCAUCGACCGCAAGGGACAGUGGAGCAUGCUCGGCGACGAUGCGUCCGAGUGGAGCCCCAUCGACGCCGUCUGCAAGCGCCUCACCUCCAAGCAGUCCGACUCGAGCAUCGACAAGAGGAAGGGCGACGCCCUCGACGACGGAGACGACGCCCUUGACGCCCCUGCGCUCCGUGACGAGCCCGAGAACCAGCCGCAGGUGAUCAACGACAGGUACAGCCAGAAGCGCGGCGAGCAGCAGGCUGACCGCAACGACUACGUAGACCUGUACCCCGAGUCGGACGAGCUCAGCUACCCGUACUCUGGCGACUUUGAGGACCAGGAUCUCACCCAGGUCACACCCGUCACCCCGGCCCACUCGCAGGUCGACAAGUCGAAGAGCAAGAGCGACGACAAGGACGGCUCCGACGCCCCCGACACCGCCUCGCCCGGCUUCCGCUUCGGCUACGGCCUGGGCAUGGCCACGGGCGCCGCCAAGGAUGCAGCCAAGGACCUCGGCCACAACGUCCACGAGAAGUGGGACGAGGGCAAGGACAAGGUCGACGACAAGUGGCACGAGGGCAAGGACAAGGCCAAGACCAAGGUCGAAAAGACCAAGGACUUCUUCGACUACAUCGUCAAGCUCCCUGGACGCGCCAAGGACGCUGUCAAGAACGACUACAAGGCGCAGACGGGCCAGUCUGCCAAGAAGCAGGACCACGACAGCGAGUCGCAGGUCGCCAAGGGCGACGCCGACAAGGAGGUCGAGGGCGGCGCUGAGGAGAAGGUCGGGGGCGACGCCGACAAGAAGGACGAGGGCGACAAGAAGGACGACGAGAGCGACAAGAAGGUCGCCGGCGACGAGGUGCAGCAGCAGUAG